AUGAUUGAAAAUGAUGAUGAUCAGUUGAUCACAUUCUUGAAACGAAAACCUUUUACAUUUGAUCACCCUUCUAUCGAAUCUAUUGCUAACCGCUUUUUAAACGGAAACAUACCUGUGAUUGACGACGCUCACGCUCUUAUUGAGGCUCACCGUAUGGUAAGAAUCAAUAAGGUAAUCCAGCUUUACAAUGAGGUGCACAGCCAAAUGGAUGCAUCAAAUGAGACACAAAAGGUGCUUACUCAACAGGUCACAAGUGGGACAAAUUCUAAUCGUUGGUGGGAAACUCCCCUUGAUCAACUUAACCCAAGGGAGCUCUAUGAAUGA